AACUCAUUUACAGAAUGGUGACUACAAAAGAGCAAGAAUUGAUAGAAUUAAACAAACAUUUAGAAAAUCAAAUGGAAUUAAAUAAAAAAUGGAAGGACUCCUAUAUAGAAAUGACAGAAAAGUUGAAAAAAAGGUUACUAGAUUUACAGGCUGAAAAUAAAGAAUUAAGGAUGAAAUUAAAAUUACCUCAUUUUGUUUCAACUGAUGCAGAAGACAAUAGUACAAGUUAA